UGACUGGGAGGGGAAAUCAGAGUUUGGAACAGUGGAACGGGGUCCGGAGUACAAGAGUGCGGAAGUGAAAAGAGCGUUGUUGUGGCCCUAAAAACUCAGGGGAACUCCUCCAGAAACAGCAGCAUAAAGAAGUAGGCUAACUCAGGAGUGAGAAUGAUGGGUGAGACACCAGUCAGGGAGGAUGGCACAGUUACAAGGUCAGCUGAGUAUGUUGGCUCUUUUCACGUGGACGACUGCUGUUUGGACGAUCAGAUGCAGCAGUUGCACACACAGCUAAAGUCUCUCAAAACAUGCAAGAAAAGGAGGUCUGUGUCCCUUAAAUUUUCCAUCAAAGGGGUGAAGAUGUAUGAUGAAGAUGAGACGACCCUCCUCAUGGCCCAUGCUCUACCAAGGGUCUCCCUUUCCACUGCCCACCCCUUGGAAGCCCAGUUCGCCUUUGUUUCCCACAACCCCGGCAGCCCUGAUGCCCAGCUAUACUGCCACCUUUUCAAGGCUAGGCAUGCCAGAGCAGCCCAGUUCCUGAACCUGUUGCUGUGCCGCUGUUUCCAGCUGUCCUACCUGGCAAAGCACCCAGAGGAGGCGCAGGAUGAGUCUGUCGGCCCACUGCCCAGCCGUGCCCCCUCCCUCCUCAACCAGGGCUUCCCUCUCAGUGUCAGUGCCCUUGUGUCAUUCCGAAGGGCCCCCACUCAGGGCUUACUCCCAGGGGAAAAGGUCUUCCCAUUGAAGAACAAUGGAACAACGACUGAGGAACAACCAAGCAGCCAAGAGGAGGUCUUCACCUCCUCUCCUUCCCUGGUGCGCAAGAGAGCCAUCCGCAACAAAGUACUGCGCUCAGGGGCCUAUCGCUCCUUCACUUACAGCCCUCACAAACAACGUCACCUCCAGGAUCAGCUAAACUCUCCAGAAGGAAAGGGGCAGGACAAAAUGCCAGUGAGGAGAGCCCGGGCCCCGAGCCUUGCUGAAACAGAAGAAGCUCUGGCUCAAGCAGUGUGGUGUUGGGCUGGCAUUGCCACUGACAGCAGCUCCUCCCUGCUUGCAGAGGAUGUCCUGGGGUCGUACCUGCUGUGCCCCCAUCCUAAGAGACCUGGCUGUGGCUCUCUCAUAAUUCGUUUCUCUUCUGGACUGGUCACCCACCUAAUAGACAACACCUCCAACGGCAAAUACCUGCUCGAGAACUGCCACAUAGAAUUUAGCACCAUUGCUGCCUUGAUAGAGCACUGCACCGAUAUCAAGGGGGAGCUGGACUGUCUGCUGAGUUGUGCCCGUGUGAACCACUGCUAUGAGUGGGAGGAGAACGUUGCUAAGGCACUGCCUUUAGCCUUACACCAAGGCCUCAAAAGAAAGUAUGCAAAAUAUACCCAGAGGAAACAAUGGGUUUAAAAGUAAUUUCUGAUCAUUGGAUUGAUCGAUGUAUCUCAUUCUCUAAAAGACACUGACCAUAUGUUACACUGACACCUUAAAUAUAAUAUAAUUAAUUAACUUGCAUGCUUCACUUUUGUUAUUGUUUUCAGAUUUCUGAUAGAAACACAACUCUAACUAUCAAAUUUACUUCCAGCAGGUGAAUUGUGAUAAGUAGAGUAGCAUUUUGAUACUUAGGCUCUGGGAUGUAGGGUUGUUUUAAUGUCAAAAAGCUAUGUGUGUUUGAGUAUAUUCUUCUGUUUUUUAGCUGCACCUACUUUACUUCACCUACGUUUGAAUUAUAUUAUUUUAAUACAUUUUAAUUACAAUAUUUUAAAACGUAGGAAUAUUAUGUGUGUGUUUGUAUAGGCUAUAUAGGGACAUUUUUUAUAGAUUUUGCAGACUAAGGUUUUUUUGUACAUUAACUCUGACUCAUGUUAAGCUGUCUUUUUGAAUUUGUGUUUUUCACUGCCGUCUUUUAAAGUGUUCUGUGAGAACUAGCAGCAUUUCUUCAUUUUGAUUACAGAUAAAUGUACUUGCUGAACGAAAGUGUAUUGUUGUGUUUUAUAUUUUUAUGCAUAAUUCAUUACCAUAUUGUAUACUGUAUACCAGGUAUUCCCAAACUGGGGUACACCAAAUAAAAUGUGAUUCACAUAUUUAAAAAAAAUAAAAUAUAAAUCUU